AUGCUGCCGGCGGUGAGCGUGUCGUCAGGCUCGGUCUCGGUGUCGUCGGCGCGGAGCAUCCCGGAGCUGUACGAGGAGAGGGGAGCCAGCACCCUCCGUGAGUUCGGGUUCCGGGAGCUCCGGACCGCUACCAGCGACUUCAGCCGCCUGACCAAGGUCGGCGAGGGCGGCUUCGGGAGCGUUUACAAGGGCGUUGUUCGGCUACCUGGCGGGCCCGCCGGCGGCACGGUGGUUGCCAUCAAGAAACUCAAUCCCAAUGGGCCACAAGCAAUGGUUGGCAGAAGUACAUUUCCUGGGGUUGUUGACCACCCAAAUCUCGUCAAGCUCAUUGGGUACUGCGCUGCUCGAAGCGAGCGAGGUCCUCAGAGGCUACUGGUCUAUGAGUUCAUGACGAACAAGACCCUGGAUGAUCAUCUAUUCAAUAAAGCAUACCCCGUCCUUCCAUGGGACAUCAGGUUGGAGAUAGCACUGGAUGCCGCUGAGGGAUUGCUGUACCUCCAUGAGGGAUUAGAAGUUCAGGUCAUAUAUCGCGAUUUCAAAGCUUCAAAUGUCCUGCUGGACGAGGAGUUUAGAGCAAAACUUUCAGAUUUCGGACUGGCAAGGGAAGGACCAUCAGCUGGUGAUACCCACGUCUCUACAGCAGGCGCUAGAAAAAUUGCCAAGUUGGCCAACAGCUGCCUUGCAAAGCAGAGAAGGGAUCGUCCAACCAUGAGAGAAGUGGUCGAGAGCCUGAAGCAAGCAAUGCAGCACAAGGAGUUAGAUGGGAAAACAGGGAGUUUGGGUGAGACUUCACCACCAGAGGAAGUAUCUGGAAAACCAACCCCAGAGGAUGUUGCCGUGGCAUCUGCAAGGCGGAGGAUGCUUCAUCUGGCUGCCCUAGGUGAGAAUGCAAACAGCAUUGUGAGGAGAUUUAUGCUCAUGAGGACUGCGGCUACUCCAACUCCUACAUAA